AUGAACUCUUCCUCUAAUAAAUCAUUGCCAUCGUUUCCAUUGGAAUUUUCAGUGCAAAGAUUGCCACCACCGCCUACUUUCAUUAGAACAUCACAAUUUUGUGUUGAUUCAAGAACUUGUAAUAAAUCAGAUGAUAGUCUAUCGAAUAAUCUUUUUGGAAGUGUAGAAAGAAAAGAAAUUAAUAUUUUAUUAACGUGA